AACUGCGCAUGCGCGACGACGAAGUGACAAUCUGCCAACUUCAGUCCGUAUAUUGUCCGUGAUCACUGUGAUCAGUAUUCGGACUUCAGUUGUUGCUCAGACGAGCCACGGGAAGGUGACGUUUGUUCGGCGGGUUUAAUUGUGCCGUCAAACAGGGGAAGGAAAUCGCCCGAUCGCGAUGCUGGUGUGACGAACCGCGCCGUCGAUCGCUAUUUAUGCAGUUUGACAAGACGAGAUAAUAGAUAAGCGAAAAACGCAAUCCCUGAAAUAUGGCGAGUCGCGAGUGCGGCUGGUGCUCAAGUUCGCUACGCCCGAGUAGCCUUGGUGUUAUUGCUACCACCGCUACUCCUGGCAAAGUGUUGUGCUUGUUGGUGCUCUUUACGUUGGUGCAACCCGGGAUUAUUUUCGCCCAGUCCGUCUCCCCUCGUCCACGAGAACCCUCGUUGGAUUUCACCAGUCAUUCCGUUAUCCAUCCAAAAUUAUUUCACGCUAGAACCAAACGAGAGAUAUUUUCAACCAAAGAAAACGACUUGAGACACGCGGAACUCUUGACGGUCGCAUUUACUGUCGAUGGUACCGAACGUGUUCUGGACCUACGACUCAACAACGAUCUCAUUCCAGUUGGACAUCAGCUACGACGUCAAGUUAAGAAGGGAUCUUUCGAUACUUACACACCCCCGAAGGAGGAAAUUGAAGUUUGUCAGUACCAAGGAAGCGUCAGAGGUAUACCAGAUUCUUGGGCGGCGUUAUCAACUUGCAAAGGAUUGAACGGCGUUCUUUUUGACGGGAAAAGUCUCCACUACAUUCAACCGCAAGAUGAGACUAUCGAGGCUCCACAUUUCAUCUACAAGCAUGAUAAUUUUGUCGCAAACAACACGUGCGGAUACGAGGGUACUCAGCAUCGUCACAGCGUUCAUAAUGAUAUAAUAGAUAAUAACGAGAUGAUUAGGCACAAAAGAGACGCCGGUCUCAUUCGAGGGCCGUAUAAUUCAAACAAGAAUACCCGUUACGUAGAAUUAGUUAUGGUCGUUGAUAAGCUGGGAUACGAUGCUAUGAGUAGAAAUUUGACGAGGGUUCACCAGCACGCCAAGGAUCUUGCAAACAUUGUGAACGCGCUGUACACGCCUUUGAAUAUUUUUGUCGCAUUGGUUGGUAUCGAAGUUUGGACGGAAGUGGAUGAAAUUAUGCUUUCGUCAAAUGGUGACAUGACUCUGUCCAACUUUCUGAAAUACCGCAGAGAGCAUUUGGUCAGAAACAUACCCAACGACAAUGCGCAGCUUUUGACGAAAGUAGAAUUUGAAGGCGGCGUUGUGAGCAGGGCUCUGAAAGGUCCGAUCUGUACUUUUGAAUUUUCUGGUGGUGUUUCGAUGGAUCGUUCCAAUGUCAUCGGUCUGGUAGCGGCUACAAUCGCCCAUGCGAUGGGGCACAAUUUUGGCAUGGAGCACGACACGCUUGACUGCAGCUGUCCGGAGGAUAGAUGCAUAAUGGCUCCUUCCAGUGGAUCGACAGGACCCACACACUGGUCUUCUUGUUCCCUGGAAUACCUGGCUCUCGCUUUCGAGCACGGUAUGGAUUACUGCCUGAGAAAUAAACCGGAGAAACUUUUCGGCAGUUCGAUGUGCGGGAACGGUUUCGUCGAACCUGGAGAACAGUGCGAUUGCGGGUUGGAAGAAAACUGCAACAAUCCUUGCUGCAACGCUACCUCUUGCAUGCUUCAUACCAACGCGAGCUGCGCUACAGGAGAAUGUUGCGAUUUCAAUACAUGCAGACCCAAACCUGCGGGAAUGGAAUGCCGUUCGGCUGAACACGAGUGCGACUUACCAGAAUAUUGUUCGGGUCAGAGCGAAUUUUGCCCCUCUGAUGUAUAUAAAAUUGACGGAGAAACUUGCAGCGAUGGAAAAGCUUUCUGCUAUCAAGGUACUUGCAGGACGCGCGAUAAUCAGUGCAAACUUUUGUGGGGACCCUCAGGCUCUUCCUCCGACUCGAAGUGCUACGACAUGAAUAACAAAGGAUCGAAGUUCGGUAACUGCGGGUAUAACAGAGUCAACCAUACUUACAUCAGGUGUAAUGACACAGACAGUCUCUGCGGCAUGCUUCACUGUAAGCAUCUCAACGAACGACUUGAAUUUGGCAUGGAAACGGUCGCUAUUCUCAGUCACUCCUUUUUGAACAGUGGUGGCCAAAUUAUACCUUGUAAAACAGCGAUCGUUGAUCUAGGUUUGAAUGAGAUGGACCCUGGCCUUGUGCCUAACGGAGCCAAAUGUGGUACUGACAAGAUGUGCCUGAAUCAAAAGUGCGUCCCAGUCGCAGAAGUUAAACUCUCCACUCCGGCAGGUAAUGAGGCUUGUCCAAAUAAUUGCAAUGGUAACGGAGUAUGUAAUAGCCUGGGUCACUGUCACUGCAAUCCCGGCUUUCCUCCACCUCUGUGCAAUGAAGAAUUUAAUGGUGGUUCCAUCGAUAGCGGUCCUGUGAAAUCGAGAGUACCGUCGUCGGACUUUAACAACAGUGUCGAAGUCACUCUUACAGUAUCUCAUCCCAGAACCAAACGAGAGUUAUCUUCAACCAAAGAAGACGGAUUAAAACACGCGGAGCUGUUGACGGUCGCAUUUACUGUCGAUGGAGUUGAACAUACCCUUGAUCUACGACUUAACACCGAUCUUAUACCCGUUGGACACCAGCUGCGUCAUCAAAUUAAAAAGGGUUCCUUUGAGACAGUGAAACCUUCAAAAGAGGAAAUUGAGAUUUGUCAGUACCAAGGAAGCAUCAGAGGUAUACCAGAUUCAUGGGCAGCGGUAUCAACUUGCAGGGGAAUGAGCGGGGUUGUUUUUGACGGAAAAACUCUCCACUAUAUUCAUCCUCAAGACGAAACUCUCGAGGCUCCACAUUUUCUCUACAAGCACGACGAUCUUGUAGCGAAUAAUACUUGCGGAUAUACCGGAACUCAGCCUCACAACAUUCAUGAUCAUCUAGAGAAUAACAGAAUGCUCAGGUAUAAAAGAGAUACCGGUGAUAUUCGGGGCCCGUAUAAUGCAAACAAGGAAUCCCGUUAUGUAGAGUUGGUCAUGGUCAUCGAUAAGAAGGGAUACUUUGCCCUGGGUAAAAACAUGGCCAGGGUUUAUCAUCACUGCAAAGAUAUUGCCAACAUUAUAAAUGCUCUGUACUCGCCUUUAAAUAUUUUCAUCGCUUUGGUGGGUAUCGAAGUUUGGACGGAAGUAGAUGAAAUUUCGCUUUCGUCAAAUGGUGAGACGACUCUGUCCAACUUUCUGAAAUACCGCAGAGAGUAUUUGGUCAGAAAUAUACCCAACGACAAUGCGCAGCUUUUGACGAAAGUAGAAUUUGAAGGCGGCGUUGUGGGCAAGGCUCUAAAAGGUCCGAUCUGUACUUUUGAAUUUUCUGGUGGUGUUUCAAUGGACCAUUCCAAUGUCAUCGGUCUGGUAGCGGCUACAAUCGCCCAUGAGAUGGGGCACAAUUUUGGCAUGGAGCACGACACGCUUGACUGCAGCUGUCCCGACGAUAGAUGCAUAAUGGCUCCUUCCAGUGGAUCGACAAGACCCACACACUGGUCUUCUUGUUCCCUGGAAUACCUGGCUCUCGCUUUCGAGCACGGUAUGGAUUACUGCCUGAGAAAUAAGCCGGAGAAACUUUUCGGCAGUUCGAUGUGCGGGAACGGUUUCGUCGAACCUGGAGAACAGUGCGAUUGCGGGUUGGAAGAAAACUGCAACAAUCCUUGCUGCAACGCUACCUCUUGCAUGCUUCAUACCAACGCGAGCUGCGCUACAGGAGAAUGUUGCGAUUUCAAUACAUGCAGACCCAAACCUGCGGGAAUGGAAUGCCGUUCGGCUGAACAUGAGUGCGACUUACCAGAAUAUUGUUCGGGUCAGAGCGAAUUUUGCCCCUCUGAUGUAUAUAAAAUUGACGGAGAAACUUGCAGCGAUGGAAAAGCUUUCUGCUAUCAAGGUACUUGUAGGACUCGCAAUGAUCAGUGCAAACUUUUGUGGGGACCCUCAGGCUCUUCCUCCGACUCGCAGUGCUACGUCAUGAAUAACAAGGGAUCGAAGUUCGGUAACUGCGGGUAUAACAGAGUCAACGAUACUUACAUCAGGUGCAAUGACGCAGAUAGUCUCUGCGGCAUGCUUCACUGUAAGCAUCUCAACGAACGACUUGAAUUUGGCAUGGAAACGGUCGCUAUUCUCAGUCACUCCUUUUUGAACAGUGGUGGCCAAAUUAUACCUUGUAGAACAGCAAUCGUUGAUCUAGGGUUGAAUGAAGUUGACCCUGGUCUUGUGCCAGACGGAGCUAAAUGUGGCACUGGCAAGAUGUGCGUUAACCAAAAGUGUAUGCCCGUCGCGGCGAUGAGACUUACUUCACCUGCUGGCAGCGAUGCUUGUCCAAAUAAUUGCAGUGGGAAUGGGGUUUGUAAUAGUCAAGGCCACUGUCACUGUCGCCUAGGAUUUCAACCGCCCCGAUGUGACGAGACUGGCGUUGGCGGUUCCAUCGAUAGCGGUCCUGCUGAAGAUCCGAAUGCACGAAGAGACUUCUUAAUAUCGCUGUACGUUAUUUUCUUCGGUAUCGUGCCCGUCUUGGUGCUGAUAGGAUUAUUCGUAUGGUCCAGGCACAGCGGAAGAUAUAAGUGGAAGAAAGGCGCUACAUCAGCGGUCGAACGAGCUGCCAACACCCUGUCUAUCAAGACGAUCGAACGUUCGAGUCCCAUACCUCGAAACAUUGAGACGAUCGACUCUACUCUCAGCCAGGAUUCAGCCUGUGCGAGCCUGCUGCCAAAAGCAGAGAGAGACGAGCGAUUCAACAAUAAUCUAUUUGGUCAGUUUAAGGGGUACACAAUUACCCCGAUCCAGAAUCUACCCAAGCUUGCCGAACCGUCGAAACCUGCGCCUCCGCCGCCGACCGUUCCGACAGUAGCUAUAAAGACUAACGUUAAAUUAGCCCAGCGAAGUAACACCCUGAGAAGUACGCUGUCCAGCGGCGUUGUCCACGCCAAUCAAAUUUCAAUCGCCCCAGCUCUUCCUCCAUUGAAUCCGGGCUGCAACGCCAGACCAUUGAUAAGCAGCCCUGUACUAUCGACAACGACUUGUACGUCCGUAGAAAUAAUCGGUCCUAAAGUACCGAGCAGACCAGCUCCUGAUAUACCGAUAAAAGUGACACCCGAGAUUCUAACUAUAACAUCAACGUCGAUUCCUCCGAAACCGCCAAGGCCGAACAGCACUCCCUUGACAAAUGUGAUAUUACCGGAAGCGGAAAAGAAACCAGAGAAGGGAAGCGCUCUGAAUCGAAUAGCUUCCAUAUUGCGUCCAAACUCUGGGAUUAUGAGGUCAAACUCACAACCAGCUCAGAAAGAGGAUAAGAACACGAGUUCGCUCCCGAGAAAUCAACACCACAAGGCGAACAAGGUGAUCGAUAAGGAGAUACUGAGGAACUUGGAGAUUUCCAAUCCCAUACCUCAAAAGGAAAUCGAAAUAUCGACACCUGCCAUCCCGGUUGUUCAUUCCGAGGUUGACGGGGAAGAAAAGAAGGCUGUAGUUAUGCGAGCACAGUCCAUGAGAGACAGCAAAAUCACUGCAAAACCUGCCAUUCACACUUUUGGCUCGAUGAGACAAGCCAAUGCUGCAAAAAGACCCACCAGCAUACCGGCCAGCACUAGACCAACUUCACCUCCUCCGGGACCGCCGAGAAUGCCUUCGAAUGAAAAGAUCUCGGAAACGGGUGUAAAGAUUCCCGGAUUACCAGGCUACCAAAAUCCGCCGAUAAAAAGCGCUCCCAGUGUCCAAGACAACGCUUACGACGACUGCAUGAAUCUGAUGAACGAGCCUUCGCUUGGUAAAAUAAUGGAGGAAUCUCCGUCCAGUGACAAUAUUUAUGCGGUAAUAGAAGAAUCAGUGCCUGAAAAAAGUCGCAAUAAAGUUGAACCCCAACUGCCCGUUGUACAGAAUGAGUACAAGUCACCGAAACCCUUGGAAACCUCACCGAAGUCGGGAAGCAGCGCUGAUUCGAUGGGACUGCUGUCCGAAAUUGUUUCCGAAAUAUCUAACAGAAAUUUUGACUCUAUUUACUCGACGUCGACGCUUGCGAGAAAGAAAAAAGAGAAGGAAGAGAUGGACAAGAACUCAGAAAAUCUCGGGUCAAACAGCUCGUUGGGAACUUAUAUUAAUUCGAGUCACUACAAAGCCCCGGGUAGUAUCUACUCAACUUCGCCUUCGAGUAAAUUCAAUUCUGCAAGUUCGACGACCAGCUCUGGCUACCUAAAUCCAUCGGCAGUGAACGUGCCUCGGUCUGAGGAUAAGAAAGAUUCUGAUAAACCGAAGGCGCAGCUGAUUGAGAAGGGUUCUAAGAGCGUGUGCAAGAGCAAGUUAACCACCCUGAAUUCUAACAACCCAAAUAUCAAUGAUGAGAUGUCCAAACAGCUCGGAAUGAAACCGAGUGAUGGUAAUCUUAAUUUCAAACCAUUUUCCACUACUACGAAUAAAACGAUGGCAUCUUUGGCCACGAGCUUGAAGAAAGAUGAGAAAAAAGAAGAAUCUAAAAUACCCGCCAAGCCCCCGUUGAACAGGACAAAGACUCCGCCUAAUCUUGGCAAACCGUUUACGUCGAAACAGAUGCUUGAUUCGAAUACUAAGACUGGUAAACAGGGUGCCACGGAAUCGAGCCUCAAGCCCACAAGGCAAGGGUCUGACACGAGCCUAAAGACCUCCAGGCAGGGAUCGGAGACCAGUUUGAAAUCUAGUAAGCAAAGCGGAAGUUUGAACAAGUCUAACCCGAGCUUGAAUAAAUCUAAUACAAAUUUAAACAGGUCGUCAAAUAAUUUGAAUAAAAAUGGAUCUAGCUCAAAUUUGAGUACGAUGUCGUUGAAGAGUACUUCGUCAAGUCCAAAGAGUUCGGCGCUAAAUUUGAGCGCUACAAAUAGUCCUGACCUAGUUUCAAGCUGUUCAAACUCUAGCCAGAAUAUGACGAAGUCGCCGGAUGUCCUAGGCAACAAUCCUAAAACCAUGACCGGGACAAUGAAAAAUAUUGUAAAAACACCGACGAUGACAAGGAGCGUAAAAACACCGACUACGCCACCAAAACCAACAGCCAUAUUGAUGAAGUCUGCUAGUCUUGUCGAUAAGAAAAAAUCGCCAACUGGUAAUACAAGUAUAGCUAAAUCUCUAUCGGCUAAGGAAAGUACGGCGAAUAAAACUGCCUUGCAAACGAAAACAUCAGCGAAAAAUGAGGCGAAGGUCGGUGGCGAAACGACUAAAGUAAAUCCCGUUCAAAAAGCUGCUGGUAGUAAAUCGAACGUUGCCUCAUUGCAGCAGAGGUUUGAAAUAAACAAAAAUACUAAUUCUAUGAGAACUAUGUCCGCGAUUGGUAAAAAAAGUGCCGUCGGUAAGACCAUUGACGUUGGUCGAAGCAGUAGUGCAAAAAAGUGAAUACAAUAUGAAGUUGAGAUUCACUGAAAAGACGUUUUUUCGUUCACAAGAACGCUUGCUGUGCUGUAAAAUUUGAUACUAAUUUUACAAACCUAACGCUGUUUAAAAUUUUCGGAUAUUUUCCAAGUUCGUCUGACAACAAUUUGACUAAGAAAGAGAAUAAACGAAAAAAUGAUGGAGUAAACGAUUUUUGAAUACUAAUCGUUAUCCCUUAAUGGCAGUCGCGGCAUGAAAUAUUUUUUAUUAAUUUCAAACGAGAGUUUGGUUUCGGCUGCUAGAAAAGGAUGUGCUAUUUAUACUUGGUAAGACGAUCGUAUAAAAGUUUUAGUACCAAAACGUAAAAUCUUAUUGCGUAAAUAGAUAUAUAAGCUAGGAUGUUAAUUUAAUUAAAAAAAUUAACUUUAAAUAUUCGUAUAAAGCGUGUACAUAAUAAUAUAAUAUGUAUAAAUUCGAUAUUUUGGUAAAAGAAAACGAAAUGUUUUUCCAAAGUAUUCAAAGUCCUGAUGAAUUGAUAAAAAUAAAAAAAAAUAUAUACUUAAUUAAGGCCUUUACGUAAGAGAGAGUUAAGAAAAAAAAAUGAUAGAAAAUUUUAAAUCUAUUUUCGCAACUUCAAUAUUCAAAUAAAAAAGAUGAAGAUUAUUGUAUUCUGUGAUACACCAGAAAUUAAAUGUUUGUUGUAAUAUUAUAAUAGAGCAGUUUUUUUAGGCAAGACCAAAUCUUACUGGAAAAAGGAGUUUGACAAAUGAAAUGAAAAAAAAAAAAUCAAACACGAAUAAAUAUUGUAUUUUCGAGAUAAUGUACCGAUCGAUGAUAUUAGAAUUAAAUUCAACA